GGGCAGGCAAAGAGGCAGCUUGACAGUGAAGACUUCUUAUGGUCUUCACUCUACAAAAUAUUAGGUAAGGAAGUGAAGAUAAGAUAUUUGUGUGUGUAAGAAAGAGAGAAAAAUAUGAAAGGUGGAGAAGGGAAGAUGGACAGGAAAACUGUGGAGAAGCUCAGACGAAUGCAAAUGAAAGCUCUUUGCUUAAAGCUUGCAAACCUCAUCCCACAAGAUUAUCUUUCUAAGGAAAAUACUUCACAACAAGACCACUUAGAUCGAGCUGCUGCAUACAUACACAACCUGACACAACGGAUUCAGAAACUGAAGCACAGGAAGGAAUUAGGGAUAUGCAAUUAUAUGGAAAGCGAUACAGAAAUCGAAGAUUCAACCAAGUUAGAGUUCAAGUUCCCAGUAGUUGAAGUCAGGCAUCAGGACCAAAAUUUGGAGGUUCUUCUCAUCACUGGUUUGAAGAAGAAGUUUGCCUUACAUGAGGUCAUUGGCAUUUUAGAGGAAGGAGGAGCAGAUGUGGUCAAUGCUAGCUUCUCAAUUGUCGGAAACAAGAUCAUCCACACAAUUCAUUGCCAGGCUAUUUCGUCUAGAAUUGGGUUGGAAGCUUCAAGGGUGUCUGAAAUGCUCCAGCAAUUGAUGAGAUGAUCAGUUUAUAUUUUAUUGGAAAAAUUUAUAAUCAGAAUACCUUGAUAAAAAAAUUUAAAUAGAUUUUAAGAUGAGUGUGAUAUGUAGAUAGUUAAUAUUAUAUUUAUCUUAAAAUAAAUUUAAAAUUUUGUGAUUCAUUCUGCUUAUUUUUUUAAUCAAAUAUUCUGAUAUUAAAAGUUCCCUAUUUUUAUAGUGAAAUAGGAGGCUUUGUGAACCUAGGUAAGAAACUAAUGGAAUGGGAUAUGGUUUUUUUUGUAUAUGACUCAAGUAGUAUUGGUUGAUAUCCAGGAUCAUUCUUGUGGUGAUUAGAGCAAUCAUGUUUGGAUAUUAAUUUCCGUAUCCCUUCUGUGUCUUUAUUAUAUAUCAAAAGGCGUUAUUUGAAAA